UUAGAAAAAAAACAAAAAAAUAAAUAAAUAAAGUAAAUAAUUAUUAGUUAGUUAUUAUUUAUAUAUUUACUUACUUAAAUACAUACAUACAUACGUAUAUACUUUCAUACUUACUAAUAACUCAAUUCAUAUAAUUUGUAUAUGUCUGUAGACAGAAUCAUUUUUCCUCGUCCAAAACCUCAAUAUAAUGAGUAAUCCAUAAGAACCAAGGAUGAAAAUUCGUCCAUCUAAUUUAUAGAUUCUCCAUCAGUAAAGAAUCAAAAUGAGAUCCACCGCGUUCCAGUGAUGUCUAUGGUUUAUAAAAUAUAUGAAGAAUCUUGUGAUAUUUAUAUCUUAUUUUUUCAUGGUAAUGCUGAAGAUUUGGGGAGCUCUAUGCAGUUCUUAAAGCUUUUGAGAGAGAGCUUAAGAGCAAAUAUUAUAGCUGUUGAAUAUCCUGGUUAUGGUAUAUAUGACAAGAAGGUAUCUGCUGAAUAAAUUAAGCAAGAUGCUUUAAAGGUUUAUGAUUCUUUAGUUGUAGAUUCAGGUAUUGAUCAGUCAAAGAUAUUCGUGUUUGGUCGUUCUAUAGGAACUGGACCAGCUUGUGAAAUAGGAGCUAGAAGAAGACCUGGAGGAGUAAUCCUCUUAAGCGCUUUUACAUCAAUAAAGAAGUUGUCAGGUGAGCUAGCUUUUAGCUUAGUAAGCUAUUUUAUAAAAGAGAGAUUUAACAAUAUAGAAAAUGUAUGUCGUUUCAGUUCUCCAUGUCUACUUAUCCAUGGUCAAGCAGACAGUCUUAUAAAACAUUAACAUUCUCAAUAACUCCAAGAGGCUAUGAGAUUAAAUGGCAAGAUAGUGCUUGCUUUUUAUCCUGAGAAGAUGACUCACAAUCAAUUUUAGAUCAGAAAAGAUAUCAUCAGACCUAUCGAUACAUUUUUAAAAAGAAUUCAAUUUCAACAAGUUAAGAUUCAAACAAAGUUACUACCAGAUAUAUUUAAGAAUUCUCUAUCUUAAGUAUAACUAAUAAAUAAAAAUUUCAGACAAGCAACUGAAGAAUAAAAUAAAUAACUACCAAAAUAACAGCAGUAAUAACAAUCCUAGUUACCUUUAAAACUAUAAAAGUCAGAAUCAUAUAGCAGUAAAGAGCUUUAAAAAAACAAUAAUCUUGGAAUUUUAAGUGAUAGAAAACAUAGAUCUUAAGACUAAUAGAGAUAGAUUAACAGUAAUAACUAGAACCAAUUAGAAUAGAAAAAAGUUAUCAAUAAAAAGAAACUAGAUCAACAACAAUAAUAAGUGCUACACAUUGAAGUGUAAUAAUAUGAAAUUACAGAGAAAAAAGAAGAAAGAAGUAAUGCAAAUAUCUACAAACUUAAAUAUUCAUAAAAAUCAUAACAAGAUAAAUAUGUCAUUUAACCAAUUUAACCAUAUCAAAGUAAUAUACUGCAACCUUAAUAAUAAGAAAAUCAUAAUUUUUAGUUUAUUAAAUUACAAAACCAACUCAGAAAUGUUGAUUCAUCUCCAGAAUAUUAAAAAGAAAAAAUUCAUUAAAACUAAAAUCAGUAAUAUGAAGCCAAAUAGAAAGAAAAUCAUCAUAAAAACGGAGAAGACGAUGAUAUAAAAGAUCAUUAAAGUGAUUUUAUGUAUGACUAAAUUAACAUACUUGAUGAGCCUCCUUUCGAAUAAAUUUUUAGUGAAAAUAAUGUAAACAACUUAGCAAACAACCAGGAUUAAAAUAAAUAAGAGCAAAAACAAGAAUAAGAAUAGUAAGAACAACAGCAACAAGAAGAGGAAGAGCCAUAUUAUUAAUAACCCUAUUGUGAAAAUUAUACAAACGAAGAUUAUUAUUAAGUUUAUGCUACAAAUGAAGAUUUCGAAAACUAAGUUACUACAAUUAAUUAAGCUUAAUAGAUGCAAGUGAAUCAUGCAAAUAAUUUUUAUUUUAAAAAUUAACAUUAAUAUAAUGAGAAUAUUGAAACUAAUGAACACAUUUUUAUGAAUAACAAUAAUUCAAUUUUCUAAAAAAUUGAUGAUUUGGAAAUCUGUAAUUGA